AUGUCUUCCCUCGAUGACGUACAGGGGAACAUGCUCCGGAAGCCUACGGGCAAGCCGGAGGAUGAGUUGGAAAGGGCCGGGUCCAGCUACAAGCCGCUGCAAUCCUUCAAACUGGACAAGGAGAAGUCCUAUCAGCAGCAGUUUGCGGACAUGUACUUCCUGCGGCUCACCAAGAUCAAACCCGCUGUUGAUCUGAUAGCCUUUGAAGCUUGGCAGGACACCAUCGUUGGAGGCGAGCCAGCUAAGCAGGUCGAGCGGGUCUUGGACAUUCGGCAGGGUGAAUUGUGUUGGGUUUCGGGCACUGUCUAUAUGGAAAUGUCCCUGAAGCCCAAUAUUCUUGAGGACGUCUCUAAGGACCGAUGGAUCUCAGCGCCCAUAUCGAAUAACAAGUACUAUUCGGAGGAUGGCUCAGAUGCCGUGACCCUCGAGGAUGAGUCGGGUCGAAUACGACUGGUAGGCGAUGUUCUCAGGGACGUCGUGCUCGUCACUGGAUGCAUCAUCGCCGUUAUGGGCAGCGAGAACGUCAACGGCGAGUUGGAGGUGAUCGAUGUGAAAUUUCCCGAUCUACCUCCGCAAGCAGAUCGAUGGUCUGUCUCCAAACCUCCAGCAACAAACGGCGCGAGCAAAACCAAGAAGUCGAAGUCAAGAGAUGAGGAUGAGGAGAUGACCGACUCCCAAUCAAAGGGCAGCGGAGGCAAGAUAGCCAUAGUAUCCGGACUAGGGUUCUCCGGUAACGACGCUUCCCACGCCAUCGAACUCAACCUACUUCUGGAGUACCUCCUGGGCGAAGCCCUCGACCCCUCAGCACAACAAGAACUCUCCCAGAUCAGCCGCCUGAUCCUCGCCGGAAACUCCAUCUCCCUCGAGGAGCGCAGACCAGCAGACGAGCAACCAGGCGACAAGAAAGCCAUCCACAAGAAAUACGGCUACGACAGCAGCGCGUAUAACGCCCUUCCAUCCCAGCUUCUCGACGAGUUCCUCUCUACGCUCCUGCCUACGAUGCCCAUCACGUUACUGCCCGGCGCGCAGGACCCGGCGAAUACGAGUUAUCCGCAGCAGCCGAUACAUCCGGCCAUGUUCCCGAACUCAAGAGCCUACACGGCACAGCCGAGCUCUUCGGAGGCCGGCUGGUUUGAUACAGUCACGAAUCCGUGGGAGGCGGAGCUUGACGGGUGGAGGGUGCUGGGGACGGGUGGUCAGAACGUGGAUGAUAUCUUCAAGUACAUUGGCAGCGAUGAUCGCCUGGGCAUGAUGGAACUUAUGUGCAGGUGGCGGUGCUCCGCACCCACGGCACCUGAUACACUAUGGAGCUAUCCCUUCCAAGACGACGACCCGUUCGUCAUGCAGACGUGUCCGCACCUCUACUUCGUCGGCUGCCAGCCCGAGUUCGGCACCAAGGUGAUCAAGGGCCCGCACGGCCAGGUGGUACGGCUCAUCGCCGUCCCGUCGUUUGCGGCUACGCGCGAGAUAGUGCUGGUGGAUUCGGAAACUCUGGACGUCACGAAAGUGAAGAUCAACGCUGGUUGA